AUGUUCUCCUACAAGUUUGUCGCGAUCGUCGCACUCGCCUCGCAGGUCAUGGCUGCGCCCACUGUUUACCGCCGCCAGGAUGCCUCGGGCCCGCUUUCUUCAGUCGGCAACGUAGUUGAUGGCGUGCUCGACACCGCAACGGGAGUCGUAGGCGGCCUCGUUGACACCGCGACUGGCACCGUUGACGGAGUUGUCGGCGGUGUCCUUAAGCGUCAGGACAACGGUCCUCUUUCCUCCGUCGGCAACGUCGUGAACGGCGUGGUCGACACCGCGACUGGUGUCGUCGAGGGCCUCGUUGACACCGCUACCGGCACCGUCGAUGGUGUCGUUGGUGGUGUGCUUAAGCGCCAGGACGCUUCCGGCCCCGUUUCUUCCGUCGGCAACGUCGUGAACGGUGUUGUUGACACCGCCACCGGUGUCGUUGAGGGUCUCGUCGACACCGUCACUGGUACCGUCGAUGGCGUCGUUGGAGGCGUGAAGCGUCAGGACAACGGUCCCCUCUCCUCGGUCAGCAACGUUGUUGAUGGUGUGCUCGACACCGCAACGGGUGUUGUCGGUGGCCUUGUCGAUACCGCGACUGGAACCGUUGACGGCGUUGUCGGCGGUGUCCUCAAGCGCCAGGAUGUUACUGGUCCCGUUGGCGCCGUCGGCGAUGUUGUCGAUGGUGUUGUCAGCACUGCAACUGGCGUCGUUGGCGGCCUGGUCGACACCGUGACUGGUGUUGCCGAUGGUGUUGUCGGCGGCGUGCUCUAA